UAAAACACUAACCUUUUUCUCCUAAUUUCUACUCUUCACUUCACGCCGUCGUUGUCACCGCUUCCAUUGCUUAUUCCGGUCCCCCACAGCUGCCGCUUUCUGUUUUUCCUCCCUUCACGCCGCCGCGGCGGAUGUUACCGUGGACUCGCCGCCGCUGCUGCUCCUUACUUGACGAUGCUUACGCUGCUCUUUUUUCACACUGCUGCCGCCGCCUGUCCUUCGUGAUGCUUCUGCUCCUUAAAUCAGCUUGAGAAUCACUUCAUGGAAGACGGAAAAUGGCUCAUUCGGAGCAAAGCGAGGGUUUCAUCCUAGUCUAUCAUUCAAACCAAACAUUCCGAACCAAAAAGUAUCUGAAAUACUAAAAGCAAUGAGAAACCUAUAAAUUCAUAACCACACGGCAUUAUUUCAGUGAGACAUGACUGCCGAUGCUUGCCUUCACUUCCAAUUCACUAGCCACUGUUCUCCGAUCAGCAAUUUCAACAAGCUCCUCCUUACUCGGCCGAGCAACUCAUGCCAUAAUCAUCAAAACCCAAUUAUGCCCACUUUCAUCCUUCCUCUCCAAUCACCUCAUCACCAUGUACUCCAAGCUCGACCUUCCAAACUCAGCCCAACUCGUCCUCGAGCUUACCCCAACUCCCUUUCGCUCCGUCGUCACCUGGACCGCCCUUAUUUCCGGUUCUGUUCAGAAUGGCCAUUUCUCAUUUGCCCUUAUCCAUUUCCUUAACAUGCUCCGUGAGAAUAUCCAACCCAAUGACUUCACUUUCCCUUGUGCUUUCAAGGCAUCGGCUUCUCUAUUGUUACCCUUUUUGGGGAGACAGAUUCAUGCCGUUGCUGUUAAGUUAAGUCAGAUUGAUGAUGUGUUUGUGGGCUGCAGCGCGUUUGAUAUGUACUUGAAAACUGGACUUGUUUGUGACGCAUGUAAACUGUUCGAUGAAUUGCCUGAGAGAAACGUUGUUACUUGGAAUGCGUUUAUUUCUAAUGCUGUGCUCGAAGGGAGGUAUAGAGAUGCUGUUGAUGCUUAUACCGAGCUUAGAAGGGCGGGUUGUGACCCGGAUUCGAUUACAAUUUGUGCGUUUCUUAAUGCGUGUGCUGAACCUGUGUGUUUAGACCUUGGAAGACAGAUGCAUGGUUAUGUUUUUCGAAGUGGGUUUGCGACGAAUGUGUCGGUUUUGAAUGGGCUUAUUGAUUUUUAUGGCAAGUGUAAACAGGCUAGAUUAGCAGAGAUGGUGUUUGGCGAAAUAGAGAAUAGGAAUGCUGUUUCUUGGUGCUCGGUAGUGGCUGCUUUUGAGCAGAAUGGAGAAGAGGAGAAGGCUUGUUUGUUGUUUUUAGAGGGCCGGGAAGAAGGAAUUAAGCCAACUGAUUAUAUGGUUUCUUCUGCUAUUAGUGCGUGUGCAGGGCUGGCGGGUCUUGAAUUGGGAAGGUCAGUUCACGCACUCGCUGUGAAAGCAUGCCUGGAGGGUGAUAUUUUUGUUAGCAGUGCCCUUGUUGACAUGUAUGGGAAAUGUGGAAGCGUUCAGGAUUCUGAGCAAGCUUUUAAUGAGAUGCCUGAGAGGAACUUGGUUACAUGGAAUGCUAUGAUUAGCGGAUACGCAUGCCAAGGACAUGCUGACAUGGCUAUCAGAUUGUUUCAAGAAAUGACUUCUGAGGUGGCACCAAACUAUAUCACACUGGUAUGUGUUUUAUCAGCUUGUAGUAGAGGAGGCGCAGUUGACUUAGGCAUGGAGAUUUUUGAAUCCAUGAGGGACAGGUACAGGAUUGAACCAGGGGCAGAACAUUAUGCUUGUGUUGUAGAUUUGUUAGGGAGGGCUGGUAUGGUGGAUCAUGCCUACAGGUUUCUACUGAAUAUGCCUAUCCGUCCAACAAGUGAAGUUUGGGGUGCCCUUUUAAAUGCCUGCAGGGUUUAUGGGAAGCAAGAGUUGGGAAAGAUAGCAGCUGAUAAAUUAUUCAAAUUGGAUCCAAAAGAUUCUGGCAACCAUGUGCUGCUUUCAAACAUGUUUGCUGCUGCUGGCAGGUGGGAGGAAGCCACCUCGGUGAGACAGGAAAUGAUGGAUGUUGGAAUCAAGAAAGGUGCAGGUUGUAGUUGGCUUACUGCAAAGAAUAUGGUCCAUGUUUUUCAAGCAAAGGAUACAUCCCAUGCAAUGAACACAGAGAUCCAAGCAAUGCUAGCUAAGUUAAGAACGGAAAUGAAGGCAGCUGGCUACUUGCCUGACACAAACUAUGCACUCUAUGAUAUAGAAGAAGAGGAGAAAAGUAGUGAAGUUUGGUACCACAGUGAGAAGAUUGCCCUUGCCUUUGGCCUCAUAGUUAUCCCUCCUGGAGUACCUAUAAGAAUCACAAAAAACCUCAGGAUCUGUGGUGAUUGCCAUAGUGCUUUUAAGUUCAUAUCAGGCAUAGUUGGCAGAGAAAUUGUUGUUCGUGAUAACAGCCGAUUUCAUUGUUUUCGGGAAAGUCAGUGUUCUUGUGGAGAUUAUUGGUGAUAAUUUCAACCAACUUAACAAGCAUAGCUGCGUGCCUAAAGAAACUAAUUGGAUACUGUUACAAGUAUGGCACCAUAGUUUGACAUAGAUAAAGUAUUAUGGGAGUCGGUUUGAUCAGACAAGUAUUCCCUUUGCGGUUAUGGAAAUUUUAGCCUGAUGAUUACUGUCCAAAUGCAAUUAUGUGAUUUAGGCAUUAUCUU